CUGGCGGUCAGCGCGGCAUUUUUUCUCUUUCUUUCCCUUUUUCAUUGAGUAUUUUCUUUUUAUUUUAUAUAGCUUUGCAGUGAAGGUGAGGUUUGCAUGUAUUUGUGCCGUUUAAAAUCCAUUUGUUUGUUCUAACUAUAAACUAGUUCGCACUCGAAAUUAUCGUUUUAUUCGAAAAUAAUAGUUAUUCAGCUAUUUUGUCAUCUCUUUCUUUUUUGACUUUCUUUUUCUCGUCAGCAUUUACUCGUCGUUAAAAAUGACUAUCAGAUUCGCAAACACGAUCCGCAACCUGCGCACCGCUCUGCACUCUGUCACCAGACACACGCCUACCCGCAGCGCUAGUCCACGCAGGCUGAUGCGCCGCCUGCGUACUUCCCGAGCCAAGGCUGAGGAGUCCAACUCGUCCAGCUCCGAGUCUGCACACACCAGGGUUGCAUCCAUACAGGACGACGCUAGGUCCUCACACUCCAGAGUUGAAAUUGAUUGCUACCAUGGUGAGAUCACAGCUGCGCAGGAUGCAGCCGGGCACACCCGUGCUGAGAUUUAUCUUGUACAGACCAAGCCUGCAACCGAGGAGACUGAGGAUAUUCUUUUGCGCGCCGAGUUGGCUGAUGCUAGGGAGAAACUGAGGGCCAGAGAAUUGGAUAUUGAGCGCCUAGAGCUCCGGCUUGAGCAAAAGACCAGCGAGGCAGCAGACAUCAGCCGCAAACUAAGCAUAACCAACCACACGCUUGCAGAAUUAGCUUUGAAGAAUGGACGUCUUGAGACCAAGGUGGAAGCGGCAGCAACAUGGCACAUUGAAGUUCACGAUCUUCUUAGCAAGUCUCGCCUUCAAGAAAGCGAGCUCGCUUACAGAAACAAGAUGCUUACUGAAAGCAACAACAUGCUUACCAAUAUUAACAAGGAGCUCGCCAAACAGCUAAUCAUCGAGGAAAGGAAUGUUGAGGUUCUGCGUUUUGAUUUGGUCAAUCUCGACCGUGAGCUGGAGAAUACUGACCGUAAGCUGGAAGCCACUGAGCAGAAACUUGAGGAGGCCAAGCAGAAUCAGGACAUUGCUGAGGAGUUCUGGGGAGAAACCGAGAUGCUGCGCCAGGAGGCCGAGCAAAAGCUCAACGAGUCCGAGAAAAAGCGUGAGGCUGCUGAGCAGCAUGCACAGACUAUUGGGUUUCAGAAGGAGGAGUUGAUGUACAUUGCACAGCAGGAUUUUGACGAGCUCUACGACGAACUGGAGCAUAUCAAGUACGUUGUGAGUUCGACGUGUCCGGUGGAAGUUGCUCAUCAGCUCCUUGGCCAGCCUGCCGGAAAGCUCGAUACUAUUAACGAGAGCGAUGCCAAUGGCCGGUACUUUGACAACGAUCGCUACGUCCAACCAAUCGACGCGAUUGAUGCUAUCUAUGCAGUUGAUUAUGAUUCUGAUGACCAGCAGCAGCUGUCUGCACCAGGCGUGAUUUGCUUGCGCAAGCACAGGCACACUAUUUAACUGGUGUGGGACGCUGCUUGGUUUGCUGCAGACAUACCACUGUAACUACUGUAUAUUAUUCGGCAACCACACCCUACUCCCGUUUAUCUUUUUUAAACAGCUCUAGCUUUCAGCCUCCCUGAUUGAAUCGCAUCCUGCAUUUUUCUUUCCCUUUCUUUUCUUUUUCCUUUUCUCAUUUUCCCUUUUCUAUAUUAACGACAAC